CCUCUCUAUGCUUAUAUUUUAUACAUUUUUCAACUUUUUAAAAUAAAUUUAACUAAAAAAUAUUAUUUUAAUAUUUUAAAUAUUGUUAGUUGAAAAUCAAUUAUAGGUAGAAAUUUAGUUAACUAUAUAUAUUUUUUUUAUUCGUUGAUCAAUGCUUUGGCGGAAGUGCACACGUGCUACACUUUUCUCAAACUAACCUUUUAGGUUGAUCUCUGGGAGUAGGUUGUAGAGUCGGGCAAGUUAACUUAACCAACAAUUUUCCAAAAUGCCUUUCCAGAGGUUUGUUGAAACUGGAAGAAUCGCAUACAUUGCCGAUGGACCUUACAAAGGCAAGUUGUGUGCUAUUGUGGAUGUCAUUAACCAGACCAGGGCUUUAGUUGAUGGUCCUGAAACUGGAGUACCAAGAUGUGGUAUAAGAUUAAAUCAAUUACAUCUUACAAAAUUUAGAAUUCGUUUCCCAUAUACUGGUUCAACACGUGUUGUACGAAAAGCUUGGAAAGAUAGCAACUUAGAUGCUAAGUGGAAGGAAAGUGUUUGGGCCAAAAAGUUAGAAGCAAAAAAAAUAAGAGCCAAUAUGAAUGACUUUGACAGGUUUCGCCUUAAUAAUGCUAGGAGAACCAGGAGCAAAAUCACCACCAAUGCAUUUUUGAUUCUGAAGAAACAAGCUAAAAAGGCUAAAAAAACCGAAGUAAAAUCUAAAGACAAGAAACCAGAAGCUAAAAAGGUUUCUGCUAAGAAAGCAGAAAAAAAGAAAUAAACAUGUAUUUUUAAUAAACGAACUUUUGUUUUAAAAAA